AUGCCGAGUCCUUCCGCCGAUGAUCUUAAGGGUUACAUCCAGGAAGGCUUCCGUCGUGCCAGCGAGCAGCUGGACUCCAAAGUCAUCACUGCUGAGGCUGGCGAGUUCGAACAACUCCAGUUUCCUGCCGGGUUCAUCACAGAGUUAGUCUCUGCUCGGUAUGGCACCCUGGACACGCCUUUCGAGGACUGGACAGAUGUCACCCAUUGUACUUGCCGAGAUCUUUUGCAAGGGAACGCGCUGCCAAUAACAAACGAGAGGAUGGGCGUCGAUCCAAAAGCAGGCUGCAGGAAGGUGCUCCGCAUCCAGUACAAGCACUCGAGCCAUACGAUGGAGGUUGUGGUGCAGGAGGGCCAAGGUCUUGAGCUUCCACCUGGCAGUGCAGAGGGACUGUUGUGCGCCCUCUACGGCGUUCCUGACAAGAUGGCUGAUGUGAUAGCACCGCUGAGACAGCUGCUGCUCAGCGGGCAGAACGUGACGGUUUCUAACGAGGAGUUUGGCGUCGACCCGGCCCCUGGACAGUUGAAGCAGCUGCGUCUCCAGUAUAAGCUGGAGCCGCGAAUCAGCUUCCGGCUUCGGACAGGUGGUGAACUCGCAGCCUUCGAGGCGCUAGCGGCGCCUCUUUUCGCUUCGCUCCGGAAGACCUUCUCAGUCGGCUGCGCUGACUUCUUUCACUCCAUGGUCUCUGGGAAUCUCCUCGGUGGCAAGACGGAGGCUUCUGGCAAGUCUGGGGAAAUCUUUUGGCGAACGGCCGAUCAAAGAUAUGUUUUGAAAACGGUUUCUGAGCAAGAGGUUGGCCAGUUGAUCAAGAUGCUGCCUGAGUACCAGGAGCAUUUGGAGAGCAGCAGGCUGUCGGUUCUUACCAGAUAUUUUGGGGCAUAUCGCUUCAACUUGGAAGGAGAGAACACUUUCUUUGUUGUGAUGAGCAACGUCUUGGAGGGCGUCAGCUCAAUUGAGUCACUGUUCGAUCUGAAAGGAACAACUGAAGAUCGCUGGGUUGAUCCUGCAACGGGUGGUUGCCUGAAAGACAACAACUUCGCUCCAAUCACGCUCUUCUUAGAAAAGGCCGACGCAAAGGCGAUCAACGACGCCUUGGCUGCUGACACGGCUUUUCUUCAGGAACAGGGCAUCAUGGACUAUUCGCUGCUUUUGGCGCUUUGCCCGCCCGACGUCCCGACGCCGCAGACCACUGGUGUCCAUCGCAGAGUCUUCGAAGCGAAGGAAAGCCAGAGUCUGGGAGAGGCUCGAGACUGUAAGCUUUGCCUUGGCCUUGUUGACAUCUUGGUCACUUAUGGCUGGAAGAAGAAGGUGGCCCACCUCUUGAAGUCUCUUACCAUCGGGUGGGUGGACGCAAUUGACACCAUGCCUCCUGACAUCUACGCCGAGCGUUUCUGCAACUACUUAGCCAAGAAGCUUCGGCCGAUAACGGCCCUGCUGCAGUUUACAGAAGUGCCGAAAGAUAUCUUCAAAAUGCCAUGCUCUCCGAUGGGCCGGUCUGGAGGUACAGCCAGUUUCUUUGCCAUGGAGCUUUUGCAAGAGGAGGAAGACGUUGGAGAACAGGGCGCAUCAAGCAAACACUAUUGGAUCGGAAAAGACUUGGCCCGGGCUCGAGAUGAAGUGAUCUUCUACGAGGUCGCCAAGACUUUGCAGGGUAAAGAGGGCUGGCAAAUAUUGAACUUCAUGACGCCCUACAAAGGUGUUUGUCGUGUGCCUUACGCACAGAAGGAUGGCAAGCCUGCGCAAGACGUUGACCUGAUGCUGCUGCGAAACUGCAGAGAUGGAUUUGUCUCUGCCCGGAUGCUGGACAUCAAGAUGGGCAACGUCACUGCGGUCGGGGGAUGGCAGGGCAAGGGCAGUGUCAAGGCAUUUAUGCAGAACAUUACAGUGGACCACAAUACGAACUCGGCCGGAGAAGGCUUCCGCCUCGAGGGGUUCGACAAUCCACCAGCACUUCUCCGAAGCAUCGAGCAUCUGCAGUUGAACCACAUUCCUCGGCAUGCACAGAAGCGGCUACGACGUUUUAACCUGCAGCGCAUGCAGGCCAACGAGUUUCUUCGCAUAUUCUUGGACCUUCAUCGAGUCCCAGAACACCUGGGCCGGGAGAAUUCGGAAGACACGGAUGGGCACGAUGAGCCUUCGACAGCCUCCCAAGGCUCCAGGCGGCGCAGCACGCGGGAGACCAUCCAGAAGCUCCUGUGCUAUGGUUCGACUCCGGCUGCUCCUGUUCCCCACCCGGCCUACCCGGCCCACUCGGGUCACCCGUCGACGCAGGCUCCCCCUGCAAGUCAGCUUCGGGCGAUCGAGGUUCAGGAGCUGGUCUUGCUUCAGUGCAUUCAGCAGGUUGCUGGUCUCGUGGCAGCUUGUCGCAAGGUGCCGGUUCCACAACAAUGGAUAGGCUCUUCUGUCAUGUUCGUCUUUGAUUGUGCCAGCCUUCCUCAACGAAGUGCCGUGCAAACUAUGCUGACUAUUCCAGAGAUUCCAGUUCCAGCUCGAGUGCACAUCUUCGAUUGGGGUCGCUCGGAGCUCAACACCGAGGACUCCCACGCCUUGCUCUCGCAAGCAGAGCAAGCUGACAGGCAGAAGUUCUGGCGUCUCUACCGCGUGGCUUUAGCGAAGCUGCUCUACAACUGCUGCAGCCUCUAUGUGGCGAGGUUCUGGAAGCCAGUGGCCAGUAUUACUUUCAGGAUUUGGGACAAGGAUGCGUUCACAGAUGACGACUUCAUCGGAGCUGCCGUUCUUUCAGCGGAAGAUGCUGUUGGCAUGAAGGACCUCAAGCUGCAGGACCUGAGCGGCAGCCGCGUGAAAGCUGGAUUCCUCUUCAAGGGAGAGACGUCUUUGAAAGUCUCUUUCCGGCCGCUGGACCUCCCCACCACAUCACGCCUGCGUGGAGGCAUGGAAGUGUGCCUGCACGAGGCCAAGAACAUCCCCAAGUGUGAUGUUGCCAGUGCUUCAGAUCCUUUCGUCGAGGUCUCGGCGCUGGGCAUCAGUGCCAACGUCGUGCGCAAGCACUUGGGCCAGGGAUUCAUGCACACUAUUCUGCGCACUCCCGCCCAUUGUAGCACAGUGAUCAAGGACAACCAUUCCCCUGCGUGGGAGGAAGAGUUUGAAAUAGGACACCUGACUGAUGCGGCGAAAGCACCUUUUAUGGAAGCUUUAGCAACAGCGGUGGGCAAGGUGGCAGACGACGCUGACUUGGCAUGUUGGUUUCCACUGCAGUUCAGCAUCUUUGGCGACUCUUGCAAGCUGGAGAAGUUCCGGUCUCAGCGAGGUGCUGCGCGGCAUUUGGCCACAGCCCUCGGUGAUGAUGCCCGAGAUGCAUUCCGGAGAGCUUUGCUCCAAGGAACACAUCAACCACGCUGUGCAAAGUUGGGAUUCGUUGGCCCUGCGCGUGCUGGGAAGACAUCGACGUUGCAGGCGCUGGCUGGUCUGCCUCUGAGGCGCGACCAGGAGAGCACGCACGGUUUGGCUUGUUGGGCACUAUCACAGGAGCUCCUGUCAGCGGCUCCGGGCCAGCGCUGGCAGCUGCAGGACGCACAGGCUGUUGCCAGCAGCAAUCGCUGGGACCGCGGCGUUGCGAAGUAUGUGGCAGACCUAGUACGUCCGCCUGGGAAUGCCGAGCCGCCCAGUGCGGCAAAGAUGGGAAGACAAGCCCUGGAUGACAAAGCCGUCAUGAAGCGCAUGCCUGUGGAUUUGAUUGCAAGGCGGCUGGGGGAGACAGCAGCCAACGCGAACACUUCCCACGAAGACAACACUAUUGUCUUGGAGGCUUACGACUUCGGCGGGCAGGAAGUCUAUUAUGCCAUGCACCACUUGUUUCUCAGUGCUUCCUGGCGGCGGCUGUUUCUGUCGGAUUAUGGCAUUUACUUGGCUUGCAUCGACCUUUCUGCCUUCAAUGCCGUCGGCUCUGGCGGUGAUCUGAGAGAAGAGAAGGACUCCGGGGCCUGGAACACCUGGCAAGCGAUGGAGUGGUGGCUGGCUUCCAUUGCCGUUCACGCGCCGAACUCGCCUGUAGCCAUCGUCGGUACGCAUGACGAUUGUCUUUCGCCAGACUCCCGUCGAGCUGUCUAUGCAGAGGUCAAUGAGCGCAUUUCAGCUUUCUGCACCAAGCUGCCCGAACUGAAUGAGCAGCUGCAGAUCAAUGAGCAGAGCCAGCUGUGCUUCUUCCCGGUUGACAAUGCCGGAGUCGACAGUGGGAGAUCUCUUUCUGAUCUUCGAGAGGCAAUUGAGAACAUGGUUGCGAAGUUAUUGCAAGGACCGCUUGGGACGCCUAUUCCACUUCGCUGGAGCCACCUAUGGGCGGUGCUGCAGCGGACCGGUGGAAGUGGCAACCUUGGACCGCUGACGCGCGUGGAAGACCUCUGGCCACGCUGCCGAAGAUACGGGUUUGAAUCGCAGAGUGAACUGCAGAGCUUCCUACGGCACUUUCACGGUCUCGGGGCCCUUCUUCACUUCCCCGACUCGGUCUUCGAAGAGCUGAGAGAUGUCAUCUGCCUGAAGCCUGGAUGGGUUGGCGACGCGGCGGCAGCCGUUCUCACGGCAAAGGACAAGGUCUUCCAAGGUUGCGUCACUCACGUUGCCGAGCUGAAAGAGAAAGGUCUGCUCCAUGCACAGCUCCUCGCAGCUGUGUGGCGGGCCCGGCACUUUGCCAAGCAUCAGAGCGAGCUGGUCGGCCUUCUACAGGCUUUGGAUCUGCUCCUGGCUUGGGGGCACGACAAGCAGCAGGAUAUGUUUCUGGUGCCGUCGCAGCUGCCUUUGCGGCCAUUGCGUGAGCGCGAAGGUGACGAGAGCCAGGAUGGAUGCGUGCUGUACUUGGACUUCCACGGUCUCCUCCGUCGCCUUCUGCCAACCUUGCUCUGCAGCUUGAGCAAGGUGGAGUCUGGAGUACAGAUCUUGUCGAUGUAUGCAAACUUCGCGACCUUUGCCGUGUCCACGCAGGGCCAAGCUCAGGGGGACUCCCUGCGAUACUCAGGGCACUGUUCUUCGGAUGCAAAGCGAUGUGAGCAUGAUGUGGGUGCUGGGCCAUGGUGUGCUCUUUUGGAUGAUCAAGCUCUGAGAUUGCGCAUCAAGGCCAUGUGGCGAUCUCUUGCGGAUCUCCUUGCGACCACGAGCGACUUCUACACAACUUCCGCGAGGCAAUCGCAGCGUGGCUGCCAAGGAUCCCUCGCUUUGUGCCUUGAUGGUUUUGGGACAGAGGUCCUUGACCUGCACGGCGUGCUUCGGGAUGAAGACCUAGCUGUUUGCCCCAGAUCCGGUGACCUCAUUGAGGACCUGCCUUCCUGGCUCCUGGACUGGAAGCAGUUGUCGCUUCUUAUGCAUGCCCGGGGUACUUCGCUGGGCGUGCGCUUUGUAUUUGCUGGCGGAGUUGUGGGAUGGCUGAAGCUUUGUCUGCAAGGUGCGCACAGCUACGACGGAGACCUUGGCAGAAGUUUGGAGGACGUUUGUCCAGCUGUCCCACCGGGUAUGGAAGAUGUAGAUCUGUUCCUGUUGCACUGCAUGUUUCAGCCUGGCGUGGAGCGUGGUCGUCGCCUACCCGCCUUUCUAACACUGGCUGUUACGGCAUGCGUGCUCCUGUCAAUCACCGUACCUCAAGACUGGCUUCGCUGGCAUCCAGAGAUCCAGAAAAGACUUGAUGGCAAUAGCAAGUGGCUACUGCAAGACCAGCAGCAAGCAGAGCCGAAGGGAGAGCCGAGCGCGGAGGAGUCGACGACAUCUGUAGCAAUGUCCCAGGCAGCAGUAGUCCCCACAAUGGCACAUUUCCAAUUCCACGGCAAUGGGUCUUGUGAAACUGGGUAUUACUCAGGCUGGGGCACAGCUGACUCUCAGCAUCUAGAAAGCUGCAAGCUGGCUUGUUCUGCUGAUCCUGCAUGCACCUUCAUCUCUUUCAAAAAAGGCGUUACGUGUUCUCGAUUUGAUGCCACUGCCGGCACUUGCCGCAACCUGCAGUAUCACAAAGACGGGUACACGACCUAUCGGAGAAUUUGGAGAUGUGAUUGGUCCGAGGCGGUGUUGCAGACAGGCAGGCGCUGCUCCCAAAGCUUUGAGAACUGGAAGGGCGGCCCUAAGGAAGCCAUGCUCGCAUUCUGCGCCUCCACAUCAUAUUGCAAAGGCGUUCACUGGUUCCAUGAGGGCGGUCGCGACAUUCGGAACAUCUCCAAAGGCUGGUUUCAGGCUUGCACGGGUGUUGUCUCUGCAGGGCAAUCCACGCCCUGGAGCACGCUUGUGAAGCCAAAAAGCUGUGCUGCACCAUCUGACCAUCGGCCACUCACAAAGGUGUCAGUACCAGGCACCUGUUCCACAACGCAAGUGGUUGCCUCACCUGGCAAGGACCUUAAGGAGCCUCUUCCACCAUCAAAGAGUGUGGAGCUGGUCAUCUCAGCCUUCAAUGAAAACUUGCAUUUCAUCGAGCCGAUGCUGGCAAUCGUGGGUCCUGAUGUCCAGCUGAAGCUCUAUUGCUCUGGCGAUCCCAACCUGGAUUCCCGAUGCAUGGCAGUGCCCAAUCUUGGAGGUGAAAACGCUGUGUAUCUGCAUCACAUUGUUCAAAACUAUCAUUCGCUUGCUGAUAUCACGGUUUUCAGUGUGGGCAGCAUCAUGCGUAAUGAGAACAACCAGCUUCUUUGCAGGAAGCUGAACUACGUGCUGUCACAGCUACGGCCCAGUCAACGCGAAUCUUUUCGCAACUUCUCCACCAUGGCCCACACAUUUCCAGGGGAGUUCAAUCCCUUCAACCCUGCCUUUGACAUCGAGACGUAUGCUUCGCAAAAAUGGGGCCACAUCCGUCUUUGCAACGCUUCUGUGAGACCACUUGGAGCCUGGUACCAAAGCUUCGUGGACAAGGAUCUGCAGCACGCAACAUGUGUUGGAGUGCUCUUUAACGACAUAUUUGCAGUUCGUGCGGACCGCCUCCGGCGAUGGCCGCAAUCAACCUACGAAGCCUUGCUGGCUGAGAUGAGUCGGUGUGGUGAUCUUCGUUCUGCAGCAGACCACUACAUGGAACGAUCUUGGAAGGCGAUGCUGGACGAUGCUGGUGAGUUGCAACCAGGCGGCAUCAACAAAUGUCCAAUCGAAGGCAUGAUUCGGGACUACUGCUUGCAGCAGCAUGGUAACGACGAGGGGAGGACGGAACGUCCUUCGCUGGCACCUCGUGUCCUCGUGCUGGCUGCGCAUUGCGCAGUGGAGAAGGCGCAGCCCGCGUUGCUACUGGAGGAUGCGGUGGGUUCAUGCCAUGCACAAGUGGUCGGCAUCCGGGACAUAGAUGAGUUGCUUGCGCUGAAUGGUCCAGAUCUAGCAGCAGGAGAGAAGUCGAGCGGCUCGGAGGUCGAGGCAUGCACAGAAGUGGGCAUGUCAUGGAAUUCGGCCACUAGGCGCACCCCGGCAGACAACUUCGAUGUGGUUGUUGUGGAUGCGUCGCUGGCGCAGCGCUUCGUGGCCUCCGGGGCCAGCUGUGCUGUCGCCUGCUCAGGCGAAGUUUUUGAUGCUGCGGCACGCGAGUUCCUCCGUUCCUUUGUGGCAAGCUGUUUCCCUGUCACAGGAUUGGCGCGUGCUUCCUUCGCUGCAGCUCAGCGUGCUGUGCGCUUGUCGCCCCAGCCGGGCCUGCGCUCGGAGGCCGAGCACUUCCGCUUCUUCCCAGCAACGCUCGCGCCCAGCCCGGAAGUGCCGCUGCCGCGCUUGGCGCUGAUGCCGCGCUUGACAGGGCUGGAUGUGCAGGGUGUCCCUCCGCCUGUGGAAGACUUUGUUGGACGAGGCUCUACCAUGGCAGCUGUUGCCAAUGCCUUCCUGGGUCAUCGUCGAGUAGUCUGGCUUCAUGGCAAGGCGGGCAUCGGCAAAUCUGCCUUCAUCUCCGAGUUCUGCCGCUUCUACUCGCUGCCGGGUGACAGGCUCUUCUCGCCCAGCGCGCUGCGGCUUUGCCGUAGCCGAGAAGAGUUGCCCUCCGAGGCGGAGGCCGCUGCGGGUGGCCGCGCUUCCUCGAAGUGUGGGGCUGUGCGGGUGCGGCUGUCAGGGCUCGAGCCCAUGGCAGCGGCUGGCAAACUUCGCGAAGCUUUAACAGGAGUUCGUUGCCAUAUUCUUGCUGUCGAUGGCGUGGACAAGAGCUUCGGAUCUUCUGAGCCAGCAGCGGCAGACUUGUGGGCCUUCCUGGAAGAGAUGCUGGUGGAGAAUCCUGGGCUACGUGUCCUCCUUGCCUCCCAACGCCCUCGCUACGACGCGCCGCUCUCUGGGAAGGUUGUGGCGGUGGAGCUUCCGCCACUCAGCCGGGAGGACGCCUGCUUGCUACUGGCGCGGCGUUCUCACCGUCCUUUAUACCCAAGGGAUCUGGAUGCACCAGUUCGCAGCGGGACGAUGGGAGACCUACCGCUUGGCCUGUCAGGCCACCGCCGCGAGUUCUUGCAACGACUGGCGGAUCAUCCGCUGGUGGCCAAGUGCCUCAGCUUUUUUAACACGUUUGGGAAGAUGGGCAACACGCCCGCGGAGGUCAUUGCGGCAGCAGCGCAGAUUACCCCCCAACUCCCGUCGCUUUUUCAGCACCCGCUCUUAAAGGCUGCGGAGCUGUCCGAGGAGUCCUGCCAAGCAGGUGUUGUGCUCGAAGAGGAGAAGGUCUGGUGCUGCCUGAUGCAUGGCUUGGGAUGUCGGGAAGAGGUGCCAGCAAGACAGCUCGAAAUGACUGAGGCAGUUGUUGAAGAUGGAGAUACUCGCUUCGAUUGCAAUGAGGGGCUGGAAGACGUGAGAUUAUACUGGGACAUCGAGAAACAAGCUCGGUGCUGUGCAAGAUUCGGCAUGGGUUGCCCUGACAACGCGUUUGAUUGCGACUCGGGCUACAUGAACUGGGUCCACGGUUGGUCUAACGGCAAGAAGCUUUGGUGUUGCAAGCGCACGAAUCGGGGCUGCCCGCCUACUACGAUCACGCUGACCACGACAAAGACCGAAACCGUCACCACGACCUUCCCUGGCUGCAAGAAGUUCUGUACCCUGCAAAAUGUGCAGGUAACCUGUGAGGAGCGGAUUCACUUUGCGUCUGUUCACACGUUUCUCGGCGAGGUAUCUCCAUGCCAAGCCGCACACGAACUCGUAUUGCACGAGUGCCAGGGUCUCUGCGACUUGUGCAGCGUCAGCCAUGCUUGUCUGGGUGCUGCAAAUGUGGAAACAACGACUCCUCCUCCGACUACUCUCGCGGAUAAGAAGCACAGCCAUGCCAAAGCCGUGGUUGCCAAGCCUUUUGACUGUCACGAGGGCCUGGACAUGUGGCAAUUGGUUUGGUUCCCCGCCAAACAAGAAUGGUGCUGCAAUCAUGAGAAGUUGGGCUGCCCAGAGGCAGCCGAGCAAAAGUGGGCUUUGCGAAAGUCGAGAGACAUCACGGCUCCACGACCAGCUUGGUCAAUUCUGGCCCUUGCUGGGUUGAGCGCGCUUGCGGCUGUGGCUGUUCUUGCAAAGACCAUGCGGUGGAGGCACUCGCCGAGUGGUUACGAGUUUGCCCCAGCGUCCACCUGA